AUGGUUGAAAUUCCAGCGAGCAAAAUGACGGAUCAAUCUGGAGAUAUGCAAACGGCACAUAUUGCCUCAAUGGAUAUGAUCAGUGCAACCAGCAAGUUACAGCUUGAAGCCGCCGAUGUACGUAACAACAGACCCAAUUGGAACUCAUAUCUGAGGAGUCAAAUGAUUGCCCAGGAAGAUUACAACUUUAUCACAGCGUAUGAAGCAACAAAAACCAAGCAAGACCGGGAUACCCUGCUGGACAACAACAAAACACAGUGUGCUCGAACAAUGAUAAAUUUCAUUACUACGGUGGCGAAAGAUCAGAAUGUUCGCUACGUUCUUACUCUUCUGGAUGAUAUGAUUUUGGUACGGGAUUCUAGUAUUUUUAGUUUAAUUUUUUUCUUCUUCGAAAGUAAUGCAAAUUUUUGUUGGUUUUUAUAA